UCGGCUUUGCCUUCGUGGGCUCCUCGUCCUUCUGCUUAAAGGCACACUGCCUCAGAGGAUGCUGUGUAAUCCUGCAACAUUAAGGCUACAAUAAGCCGCACUUGCCACGCACCGACGGACACCGGGCGCUUGUGACAGCGAGAGCGCGAGCGCGCGCGAGAAAGAGAGACCUUCCGCUGUGACCUUUGUGUGGCACCACACUGGAUGACUAAUCAAAGGUCAGCUUCUCUCGACAGCGGAUGGGGAGCUCCUGCUGAGUGGCGUUUUAUAAUCAAUAACAGACGUGUAUAACCACAUUUAAAAGUAAAGGAGGAGAAUGAGAAAGAGCGACCAUCAAGCUCGUCGACAACAGCGGUGACUUCAAUAACAAGGAGAGAGGCAGCUUCCCGCAGAGCAGCAGCUCUUCAGCAGAAGCAGCGGUGACAGGAGGCCAGACCAGACGGGAGACCUUCAGCACCAUGGACAGCUCAGGUGCUUCAUCUCCAGAUAUGGAGGCCAAUUAUGGGGGAGGGCUGCUGGAUAUGGUGAAAGGAGGGGCUGGAAGACUCUUCAGCAACCUGAAGGACAACCUGAAAGAUACCCUGAAAGAUACAUCUUCUAAAGUGAUGCAGUCUGUAGCAAGUUAUACAAAAGGAGAGCUGGAUAUUUCAUAUAUCACCUCUAGGAUAAUAGUGAUGUCGUAUCCAGCUGAAGGAGUAGAAAUUGGUUAUAGAAAUCAUAUAGAAGAUGUUAGAUCUUUCCUGGACUCCAGACAUAUGGACCAUUACACAGUCUUCAAUCUUUCACAGAAACUGUACCGUAGUGCCAAGUUUCACAAUCGGGUUUCCGAGUGCAGUUGGCCCUCCAGACAAGCCCCAAGUUUGCACAAUCUAUUUGCCGUUUGUAAAAAUAUGCACAACUGGUUGCAACAGAACCCCAAGAAUGUGUGUGUCAUUCACUGCAUGUCUAAGGAUGGCCGGGCUCCUUCAGGUGUUUUGGUCUGUGCAAUGUUCUGCUUCUGUCAUCUGUUCAACAACCCAAUUCCUGCCAUACAGCUUCUCAAUUCUAAGCGACCUGGAACUGCUUUGUGGUCAUCUCAUACAAGAUACAUUGGCUAUGUAUGUAGCAUGGUUUCAGAAAAGCCCAUAUUGCCUCAUCGCAAAAAUCUUGUUUUAAAAUCACUCACCAUGUCACCAGUUCCUUGCUUCAAUAAACAGAGGAAUGGUUGCCGGCCCUUCUGUGAUAUCCUUAUUGGAGAAACAAAAAUAUUCUCAACAGCCCAAGAAUAUGAGAGAAUGAGGGAAAACCGAGUACAAGAAGGGAAGGUAGUGAUCCCUCUGGGAGUCAGCGUUCAUGGAGAUGUUGCGGUGUGUGUUUAUCACAUGAGGUCCACAAUUGGAGGGAGGCUUCAGGCAAAGUUGACAAAUACUCAAAUAUUCCAGACACAGUUUCACACUGGUUUCAUUGUCCCAGGGACUACCAUGUUAAAAUUUACAAAGCCAGAUUUGGAUGCUUGUGAUUCUCCAGAGAAAUACCCUCACCUCUUCCACAUUAUUCUGGAGAUUGAGGUAGAGUCUGGCGACAAACAGAUGGAUCUUACUCCACCUUGGGAGCAGUUUCCAACCAAAGAUCUCAGUCCUAACAUCCUCUUCUCCUGUUACCAGGAGCAUCAAGAUGCCCUAUCUCUAGUCGGUCGGCAUUCUUCUGGAGAGCCAGAAUCACAACCAGACAAUGUGAGAAAUGUUGGACCUGGGCAGUCAGCUUUCUUCUCUUCACUGGCCUGGCAAGACACCAGCAAGGCACACCCCAGUGCUGAAGAUCGGGCAGCACUAGUGAAUGAAGACAGUGAACCCUCUGAUGAUGAGCUGCUGUCCCUCUCCAGUCAGCAGAGCAAUGCCAGCAAUGAGAAGAUGCAACAGGGAACUCCAAAAGGUCACAAAAAAGCAGAAUCCCAAGCUCCUCCACCACUUGCUGAAGACGUGGACCUCCUGGGGCUGGACUGCAGUCCUGAAGACAAGGCAUUUAAUGCUGGGCCCCAACAACCCCCCACUAACGCAGACCUACUUAAUGACUUGUUUGGAGCAAGUCCCUUCUCCCCCCAGCCUGGACAGCCUGACAGCAGACCAUCUUCUGCUCAGACUACCCCACGAAAGACUGCUGCACCUUCAUCACCUUGUCACUCCCCAAUGCCUGAAACAGGUUUUGAUCUUUUUGGAGGAUCACUUCUUGGCCCAGGUAAUGCAGGACAAACUGAUCCUUUCUUGAACGUGACUCGCUCUGCCUCCCCAACACCGCCGGCUGGAGGAAGGACGUCACCGAUUCCUCCUACAACGCCAACAGUGAAUAUUCAGCAGCCAAACUUGAUGGGUGGAUGGGAAUGGAGUACACCAGCCCCAGCAGGAGGCUUUGGAAUGGGUAGCCGAUCAGCAUGCACAAGUCCAACCGGAUCUGUCAACAGCACUCCAACACAUCAAUCAAAACCGCAAACCCUUGAUCCGUUUGCAGAUAUUGGUCAACUUGGAGCAAAUUUAACAGCAGGUGGUUCAGGAUUUUCUAGUAAGCCCACCACCCCUACUGGCACCGGAGGAGCCUUUCCACCUAUGGAGUCCCCACAAAAGCCUUCACCCCAACACACCGGAGGUGGCUCGUGGCAGCCAAACAGUGGAUAUUCUUGGCAACAAGGGGGGUCGUCUUGGCAGGCUGGACAAAAUAAAGCACCACCACCUUCAGUGCCACAUUCUUCCCCACAGAAUAGGCCCAACUACAAUGUGAGCUUUGCCACAGGUUCAGCUCCGAAACCAUCUACAUACGGCGCCAAACCAAAAAUGGCAGAUGCCAACUUUGAUGACCUUUUAUCUGGUCAAGGGUUCUCUGCAGCCAAAGAAAAGAAAGGUCCCAGGACAAUAGCCGAGAUGAGAAAAGAAGAAAUGGCCAAGGAGAUGGACCCUGAAAAACUGAAGAUUCUAGAUUGGAUAGAAGGUAAAGAAAGAAACAUCCGAGCCCUGCUGUCAACAAUGCACACCGUUCUCUGGGAAGGGGAGACCAAAUGGAAACCUGUAGGCAUGGCUGACCUGGUAACCCCUGAACAGGUGAAGAAGGUGUAUCGCAAAGCUGUGCUUGUCGUUCAUCCAGAUAAAGCAACAGGACAGCCAUAUGAACAAUAUGCCAAGAUGAUUUUUAUGGAACUGAAUGAUGCCUGGUCAGAAUUUGAGAACCAAGGACAAAAACCACUAUACUAAAAUUAUGGAACUUUCAUGAAGUCAAUUUCUUUGCUCUGUGUUGUGGAUUUUAGUUUGACAGCCAUUGUCAUGUGCUUCUACUUUUCCAUUCCAUGCUGUAGUGCAAUAUGCAGGAUAGCUGUUGACGUGUCAUCAUGAUGUGUGUGCCCUGCUAUCUGGUCCAACAGAGAAAUGGAAGUGUUAAGGUUGUUAUGUACUAAAGUUAAAUAAUUUAGAAAUAGGAUGAUCCAGCAUUGAUAAGGCAGCUCAUCAAAACCUUCAUUUUGUUACAUCUUUUACAUUUUCCUUAUCGAAAGUGUUUAGUUCAAUAGGAGAUGACUAUUUUGCCGUAUUCUGUGGAAAGUACGUAUAUUAGUUACAAACCUCAGGGAUAAUAAUGUUUUCGUGCUGAAUAGUGAUUGAGCCUUAAAAUGCUUUAUUCGAAUGAAGCCUUAUCCUAUUUGGAUGCAGUAAAAUCAAACAGUUAAUUAUGCAAUAUUUUAAAGCACAUUAUUUAAAAGCACCAAUUUAUUAUAUUAAAAAAAUUCAUGCAUCCAGUAAUAGAUCUGUCCACCAAAAAUGUAUCAUUAUGCUUACUGUAGCAUUUCACAUGGACUUGACCUACUGUCAUGGCACAAACUGCAAGCAUCAAGUAUGUUUUCCGUAUUAUUUGAAUGCUACUUAAUUAUUAUACAGGCAACAAACUUGAUGUUCACUCUGAGUUAUCCAGUGGAUUCACUUUCAACCCACUAUUGCAAAUCAGCAUUUGAACCACGAGCAGUCACUACAACAGAUCUCUUUAAAGAGCAAGUCACAAAAUACACCAACAAUGCACUGGCAAAGACACUUUUCAUUUCUGUGCCAGUGUCGUGUACAAUUCCACUUAUUAUUUUACACCCCAAUGCUCAGCACUCACUCACAUGACAUCUGUUAACUUUGGAGAAACAUUUCAUCAUACAGCCGACAAAACAGCAGAAUGUAUGGAAAGUGUGGAAGUAUAAAUCCUUGGUUAGAAAAUUGAAAUGUAGUUCUUCAGGGCAGCAUCAUGCGCUCUUGGUGUCCAAGCAGUAGCUAAUUAUUUAAUAAUUUGGGUAGCUUCAGCAAUAUGAUUAACAGCACUCUAUUAUCUGGAUGUAUUUUCUUCACUCCGUUAUCUGGACUCAUUUUCUGGUUUUCAAGGGGCCUGUGCAGUGACAGCAUUCACAUUUACUAAUAGCAGUCUCUGUACACAUUGAUAUUAAUGGUUGGACUCAGACGUGAACACUAAUUAUAAAAAGAAAGUUGUAAGGAAAAUAAGCGGAAAGCUGAGUGCUUUACUUUUGGUUAUUCAUUCUUGAUACACAUCUGUUGUUCUGUGUAAUACUUUCAAAGUCAAGUUCAUAAUUGGGUUUUACACAGAGAAGUUUCCAUGUAUGGAGGCCUCCCUCAGAUAUUCUGAUUAUUAUUACUUUAUUUUCAGAUAAUGUGGGGAGUUUUUCUUUAUGAGUGCUUCAGCCAUGUCAGCCAUAGGAAGGCCUCUGUAUGAGCACUAAACAUAAAGUCCACAAAGUCUUUGGCAUCCUCUUAAAUUUCCUUAAAUGAGUCUCUCAGUAAAUAGCAACACUGUACAACACAUUUUUAAAAAUGUUUUUCUUCCUGAAAAAUUCUGUUGAUUGUUAAUACAGUUAUGAUUUCAGACUGACUAUAUUAUAUAGGAAUUUGGAGAAAUAUAAAAAUGAACUUUUAUUGAAUUUAGCAUGUUUAUUCGCAUAAUGAUGCUGACAUGACACAUCAACCAAUAAUGUUUUGGUGCAGAUUUCUGUUUCCGUGCCCGUUGAUACUGCUUUUCAUUAUUGCAAUGGUGAAGCCUUUCACCGUGUUUGUCACCGACUACACCAAGAUUAGCAGGGUUAAUGCAGAACAUUUUUAGUGACAUGUUUUACUUCAUGGUUUUGUGUACUUGAAGCAUGUUGUCAACCAGCUGGACAUGGUGUUGUACUCUGUAGUUGCCAAGAAAAGUCUCAGUAGUUUCCUUGAAUACCUUCCAUGUCAUUUCCACUGGCAGUACUAGCAGAUCUUCAAACUGCUUGUCAUUGAUGACACGUCUGAUUUGUGAAUCCACAUAAAUGCCUUCCUUAAUCUUGGCAUCACUUAUGGGGAAUAUCCAAACUGCAGUGCCACCAUUUUUAGACUGGCAUAGAUGUACUGAAUAUGUACUGUAUACUUAUAAUAUGAGUAGGAAAUUACAAAAAUAGGCCAUGGCAAUAAAAGAGAAUGUGACAGGAAAAUUUCAAAUUGAUUUUUGUAAUCAGCAGAUUAGAAGUCACGCAGCCAAAAUCUUCAUUGUCCAGUGUAAUCACAGGAGGCCUGAGGGAUGCUCUGAAAUAUUUUGACAGGAAACAAAGUAAAAAAAAAAAAAAAAA